CCCCAAACCAUUAAAUUCCUCCCACCAGAAUCCAUCGACAACCUUCUUCAUUCUCGAUUUUCACACACACACACGCGCGCGUACCACCCACCGACAAACUUCAUGCUCUAGAAAAAAAAAAAAAAAAAAAAUUUAAAUCGACGCAAUGGCGAUUUCCAACGCGGUGGCCGGAAAUUUGACGACACUGUACCUGUUGGUCAUUGCCGCGAUGAGGGCAUACGGUCUGGCCGUCGGCCGGAGCUUCAGCGGCGUCUGCGUCCUCGUCCUCUCCACGGCGGUCGUGGCGGCGAUCCUGAUCGCCAGCCUCGUCUGGGACGUCUCGCGCAAGGCCACCCACGCGCUGAUGGCGUCGCGCGAUCACGGCCACGAAAUGUGCCGCGGCGGCAUCUGCUGGCACGGCGUCGCCGUCAAAUCGCCGGCCUCUCAGGUCCGGUUCCGCCUCCCUCAGCACCAUAAUCCUUGAUUUUUUUUUUUAAUUUAUUUGAGGAGCUGAAAUUGGGAAUUCCAAAACCUAAUAAGUAUCGAAUUUGGAGUUGUGGAGUAUUUUUUGAGGAGUUUUCUUCUGUUAAUUUGGUACAGCUUAUAACUCACAAAUUAUUAGGUCAAAAAUAUAUAGAGAAAUGCUUCCAAUUAUCCCCUAAAAAUUGCAACUUUUUUGCUUUCAGAAUUUGUAAAUUUGAUAAUGCAAAAGAUGCUGUCAAGUUUGAAGGAGGGGUACUACUUACUAGGUUGGCUGUGAUGGAUUUUGAGGGUGUUUCUGUAUUUUCAAAUAUUGUAUAUAUGUAAUGAAAUAUAUAUAUUUGUCUUGUGUACAAAUGCUUCUGUUUUACCUUCACUCAAUCCCUUCAAAUUGUGGUUUCCUUUGUUACAAUGUAUAACGAAAUCACAGAUUACGAAUAUUAUCGAGAUUUCAUCGCCAUUUUUG